AUGCACGCCUCGCCGCUCACGGCGCCGCGUCGGACACAGAGCUCGCUGCAGAAGUUGCUGGAUGACCCCAAUGAUCCGUAUCUUGGUGCCCUUCAGCAGUUCGACAUCCUCCGUAUCGCUGACAUCGUCGCGGAGGGCCCUGCCAAGUCUGGCGUGCCCGCCGCUUUCCUGCGACGGGCUGCCAUUCGCGUGGACACCGACAGCGUUGCCGCUGCUCGAGCUCAGCUAGCGUCACCCACACCCCUCACGCAGCGUCCCGCACGGUCGUCUGGGGAGGCGGUGCUGCAGUCACUGCACGCGGCUGGAAUGGUGCAUCAGAACAAGAGUGAGGCUGUCGCUGCAGCCGAGCUCAACUCGGCGCAGGCGGCUUACGAUGCCCUCCCGCAAGAGGAGAAGACUGCACUGCACAUGGAGCGUGUUGUGUCGCACCUCUUCGACGGUCUCUGCGCGAUGAGCGCCGCCAUGCGGAUGCAGGCGGAGGAUGGCGCCGCCUCUGUCGAGGAGCGUGACGCGGCUUUCAGCGUCUACGAGCGUAUCUUGUCCGCCUACCGGGAUGGCAUCAUCACGGCAGAUCGCUGGAGUGCCGACUUUGUGCCGGAGCUUGAGGAGCUGCAAGUGAUUUGGCAGCACCUCGGCGAUCCUCGGGCGAUGCCGCUGGAGAAGUGA